AGAGUAUCUCGUAAUGCCGUUCGGACUCACCAACGCACCAGCAACGUUCCAAGCUGAAAUGAACCAUAUUCUAUGCCCACUCUUGGAGGAAGGCGUAGUGGUAGACCUGGAUGACAUCCUCAUCUAUUCGCGCGACAUGCACCAACACGUCCAACACCUACGACGCGUCUUCGACAUUCUCCGACGAGAACGAUUCUACGUCAAGUUAUCCAAGAGAGAAUUCGCCCUCGAGAAAGUCCAAUUCCUAGGACACAUGGUGAGGGCUCAAGGAGUUCACGUCGACCCCAAGAAGAUCAAAGCCGUACGCACGUGGAAGACACCCGAGAAGUGACUGAGUUGCAGUAGUUCCCAGGCUUCGC